AUGUCCGAGGUCAAGGGCAACAAGCUAUCUGUAUUAAAGGACCUGGAAGCGAAGGAUAAUGCAUCAAUCACCGUUGCCGAUCAGAGCGCAGCUCCUGAAUAUGAGCGAUUUCUGCAUCUUGAAAACACACUCAGUGGAGAGAAGAAGAGAAAACUGAUCAGAAAGCUCGAUCUCCGCUUGCUUCCCGUGUUAAGUUUUCUAUACUUGAUGUGCUCACUUGAUAAAUCCAAUGCCGGAAACGCAAAGUUAUUCGGCUUCCUCGAAGACAUCGGCAUGAGCGGCACCCAAUACAAUCUAGGUCUAAUGUACUUCUUCUUUACAUAUGGUCUUUUUGAGCCCGUUUCAAACAUAAUGCUUCGUCGAGUCGGGCCCAAGAUCUGGUUUCCCCUGAUUGUCACCUUAUGGGGCUUGAUCACAACACUCACCUCUCAAGUAAGCUCUUAUGGCGGUUUCGUUGCAAUAAGACUUAUGCUUGGUAUCACGGAGGCCGGUCUCUAUCCUGGAGCCUAUUUCAUUCUGUCAAUGUGGUACACUCCUAAAGAGAUCGGUACUCGCAUGGCUAUUUUCUAUGGUGCAAAUACCACAGCUGGUGCAUUUGGAGGAGUCAUUGCUUACGGCGUGGGAUCAUUGGAUAAUCAUAUGGGAUGGAGAGCUUGGAGAUGGUUGUUUCUCAUCGAGGGUGCUUUUCCUCAUCAAUACGAAGAGAAGAAAAAUUCGAAAUGGCUAUCACCAGAGGAGUUGGAGUAUGCGUUGCUUCGGGUUAAGUAUGCGAAUGGUCCUAUUUCCCCUACAUACCAAUUUCGAUGGAGCGAUGUAGCAGCAGCUGCCAAGGACAGGAAGACUUAUUUUAUGAUGAUGCUAUUUUGGUGGGGCGGAUCAGUUCCCACCUAUUCGCUUUCAUAUACUCUUCCAACUAUGGUCGCGAAUCUGGGCUACAGUGCUGUCAAGGCUCAAGCCUUGACAACGCCUCCUUACAUAUUCGCUACAUUCGUUUGUGUAGCUGUGGGGUAUAUCAGCGAUCGAAAGCAAAAUCGCUAUCUGUGUAUUAUGAGUGCAUAUGUGCUGGGUCUGCUCGGAAUCAUAAUUCUUUGGAUCACGGUUCACUACCCUCAUUUGCCGGGUGUGAGCUACUUUGCUAUUUUCCUUGCUGCAGGAGGAUACUCGGCACAGGCUCCGAUCGUCGGUGCCUGGACAAGCUCGAACAUUCUGAACCCUUCCAAGCGAGCCGCAGCCAUCGGUCUCCUCAUGCUUUUUGGCAGCGUUGGCGGGGGCAGUAUCGGGUCCAAUAUCUACAUUUCUAGCGAGGCUCCCACGUACCCGUUGGGAUUUGGAUUUUCCGUCGGCGCGACCGUUCUAGGUGCAAUGAUACCCGCCACCGUUCAUUGGUAUUUGAUGCGCAAGGAGAACAAGAGACGAGAUGCCUUGGAUAUUGUCGAGACCGAGGGGAAAUAUACCGCGGAUGAGUUGGCAGAAAUGGGCGAAGAUAGUCCAUUGUUCAGAUUCACCUUGUAA